UGCUCAACUGGGAUGCUUAUCUCUGCUGCUGCAUGUGUGCAUGUGCACUCCUCCAUGUGCCUGCAGCUUUCACCUCCAACAUAUCCACCAAGGAUCACUUUGGUGUUCCAGCUCAGCAAUACGCAGACGGAGAUUCACCGUUUCUUCAGUUAAGAGCCAGUCUGCCCUCUUAUUCACAGCCGCUUCGCCCAUAUACUUUAGUGACCACUGCGGAGGACUUCCCUCACAUGCCCAAACCCAGGCAUUACCGGGCCUCACGCCUUCUUCGUAUUCUCGGAUCCUCUUUUGACCCAUUCUGGAUGUCUGUUGAUCAGCCAUCUGAAGAUCCCGGGGUCUGCACAGACAAAGGUAACUGUGACGCUGUGGCAAGAGGCGAGGUCAACUUAACCGCUUCCAGAGACGACUUCAACCUCAGUGCUUCUGCAGUGCUGAGGAAGGCUAGAGAAAACCAAAGGCGGGGCUUGGUGAGGGAAGCUGCAGAUGUGGACCUCAGUUCUCUGCCUCCAGAUGUUGCCAGCUCAGUCCGAGCCUGGCUGGUGGACUCAGCCACAUGUGGAUUGCGUUCCCAGUGGGUGGAUUUGGGACCGACGUUCUGGCCACGUUGGCUGCGGCAGACUGACUGUGAGUCAGAUGGAGUGCGAAGUUGCUCUUUUCCCAGUGGCAUGGCGUGCAUGAGAGCUCAGACAACGCAUAUUAAGAUUCUGGCUUGGCAUUGCUUGAAAGUGAGAGAUGAUGAGUCCAAGCAAAUCAAGAGUGACAUAUCUGAUAUCAGCAUAUUGCUGGGGAUUAGUGAAGGAUUGAGAAAGUGUUUAUGGAGGCCGGUGCCUUAUCCUGUGGUCACAGCUUGUACAUGUAAAUGUAAAUGAUGGCUAUACUCAGAGGUGCUUGAGGAAUUAUUUUUAUGUAAUGUCUAAGCAUUCCUUUGAUAGUGAUAACAAUAAUGAUAAUCAUAAUUGUUUCUUAGCAUUACCGUAGCAUCUCUUUUAAAAAUCAAAUAAAAUUGUGUC